UCAUACACCAAAACAAGUUCUAGCCAUGGCUGCAUCUUACUCAGUGCCUUCAAUGAUAAUGGAAGAAGAAGGAAGGUUUGAGGCAGAAGUCGCAGAGGUGCAGGCAUGGUGGGGCUCAGAGAGGUUCAAGCUCACAAAACGACCAUACUCAGCUAGAGACGUUGUGGCACUAAGGGGCACCCUAAGACAAAGCUAUGGCUCAAAUGAAAUGGCCAAAAAGCUGUGGAGAACUCUCAAAAAUCACCAAGCCAAUGGCACAUCCUCAAGAACUUUCGGUGCCCUAGACCCCGUCCAGGUCACCAUGAUGGCCAAGCACUUGGACACAAUUUACGUCUCCGGUUGGCAAUGCUCGUCCACACACACCAGCACCAAUGAGCCUGGUCCCGACCUUGCUGACUACCCUUAUGACACCGUCCCAAACAAGGUGGAGCAUUUUUUUGCUCAACAAUACCACGACCGCAAGCAAAAGGAGGCGAGGAUGAGCAUGAGCCGGGAGGAGAGGGCUAGAACCCCUUAUGUUGAUUACUUGAAGCCAAUCAUUGCUGAUGGUGACACCGGUUUUGGUGGCACCACGGCAACUGUUAAGCUUUGCAAGCUUUUCGUGGAGCGAGGCGCUGCUGGUGUUCACAUUGAGGACCAGUCAUCUGUGACAAAAAAAUGUGGUCACAUGGCUGGGAAAGUGCUUGUUGCUGUUAGUGAACAUAUUAACAGACUUGUGGCUGCAAGGCUACAAUUUGAUGUUAUGGGAACUGAGACUGUAUUGGUGGCUAGAACCGAUGCAGUUGCAGCUACAUUGAUCCAGACCAAUGUGGACACUAGGGAUCAUCAGUUCAUAUUGGGGGCUUCUAACCCGAAUCUUAGAGGGAAGAGCUUGGCUACCCUUUUGGCUGAAGCAAUGGCUGCUGGCAAAACAGGAGCUGAGCUGCAGGCCAUUGAGGACAACUGGACUUCAAUGGCACAGCUGAAGACAUUUUCUGAAUGUGUCACUGAUGCAAUCAAGGCAAUGAACCUUGGUGAACACGAAAAAAGGAGGAGAUUGAGUGAAUGGAUGAGCUAUUCUAGUCCUGAAAAGUGUUUGUCAAAUGAGCAAGCGCGAGAAAUUGCUGAGAAGUUGGGGCUUAAGAACCUUUUCUGGGACUGGGACUUGCCUAGAACAAGAGAAGGGUUCUACAGGUUCAAAGGGUCUCUGAUGGCAGCGGUCGUGCGUGGCUGGGCUUUUGCUGAUCACGCUGACAUUAUUUGGAUGGAGACUUCGAGCCCUGAUAUGGUGGAGUGCACCCAAUUUGCUGAGGGGGUGAAGAAUAGGCAGCCUGAAGUCAUGUUGGCUUAUAAUCUUUCACCAUCUUUCAACUGGGAUGCAUCUGGGAUGAAUGAUCAGCAAAUGGUGGACUUUAUUCCUAGGAUCGCCAAGCUUGGCUACUGCUGGCAGUUUAUCACGCUGGCAGGAUUCCACGCUGAUGCGCUUGUGAUCGACACUUUUGCGAGGGACUACGCGAGGAGGGGAAUGCUGGCUUAUGUUGAGAGGAUCCAGAGGGAGGAGAGGAACAAUGGAGUUGACACACUUGCUCAUCAGAAAUGGUCUGGUGCUAAUUUCUAUGAUAGGUACCUCAAGACUGUCCAGGGAGGCAUUUCUUCCACUGCUGCUAUGGGCAAAGGAGUGACUGAAGAGCAAUUCAAAGAAUCAUGGACCAGGCCAGGAACAACUGAUCUGAGUGAAGGCAAUGUUGUGAUUGCCAAGGCAAGACUGUAAGAGGGAGGGAGGGAGAGAGAGAGAGAGAGAGAGAGAGAGAGAGAGAGAGAGAGAGAGAGAGAGACUUGAAUGGAGUGUCUUGAGUACUUUGGGACAUUAUCCAGCUAUUGUGGGGACUGGUGUAGAAUAAUGUGCUGCAAUAACAUAUAAUGCAGGUGAUUGGCCUUUCUGGGUAUAUUUUUUGUUUUUGCUACCUAGUGCAUUCUAGUGUAUUUCUUCUAGUGGUCUCAAAUGUGAGGACCAAACUUGUUCUCGUGUAAUGUAUUAUGGGAUAUUCUUCCCUAUGUUUGAAAUAUAUCAUUCCAUUCCUAUUAA